UAUCGAUAUCGUCUUCUGCGAAAAAAAAGAAAAACCCAAGCAACAUUGAUGUGUAAAUUGUUUGAUUUUCGAAGUGCAAGCGAAUAAUGAAUCCCAACAUGAACAUGAUGCCGAUGGCAGGACCGCAGAUGAUGCAAGUGCAAAUGCAGGCCUCGCCCUCCGGACCGCCGGUUCCUGUGCAACACCAGCAACAACAACAACCGCAGCCAAUGCAGGCCGAGAAACUAGACAACAUUUCCAGGGUGAAGACCUUGCUCGGACCACUGAGGGAGUCCAUGUUCCUCACCAUCCGAUCCAGUGCCUUUACGCUGCAGCAGAACAAUCUGGCGGAUAACCUGAAGCGGGACACCGGAGCCCACGUACCGCGCUUCGACAAGCAUCUGGAGGACUUCUACGCCUGCUGCGACCAGAUCGAGAUCCAUUUGAAGACGGCAAUGCAGUGCCUGCAGCAGCAGAAUUCGUCCAACCAUUACCUGCCCGGCCCGGUGACGCCCAUGCGCAUGGAGAGCUUCAUGCCGGAGAAUGCUGGACCCAUUCCGUACCCUACCUAUCUGAAUACUGUACGGGUCCAUGUGCAGUCGGCGAAGGACAUACACGAUACUCUGAUUAGCGCCGCACAGAAUAUUUCGCAGGCUGAUUGAUAGUUGUAGUGAUUAUUAUUAUUUAGUUAGGUCUAUUAUUUAACAAGUUAUGGUUACGAAUAACGAUAAAUAUACAUAGAAUGAUGCAUAA